UCGCCACGAAAUCAGCACCCACGUCUUCGGUCCAGAACUAUAACCCACGCGAAUCUGGAAAGGAAUCAUUGCUCACCGUCGAAACCACCUCUGAACAGGCCAGCAGCGUACCGGGCUAUCCCGCACUUCCGGGCGGUCGACCGAGCAGCUGUACUGCAUCAGCCCCAGCAGCUCGCAACCCUUCAGGUCGACAUUGCGCCCAUCGGCUGUCUUCCUCUUCCGGCCAUUGACGUCGGCUUGCACCUUUUGCGGCAGCUGCGGCGCCGGGAAGCUGUGGCAGGGUGGCGUCAUUUUGGGGAAAAGAGGCAAUCUGCUGAUGGAGGCCGCGGCUGCAUCUCGCGUCGGCGCGGGGUUGCUCGGCGAGAUUGAGGAGACGAGUCUGGAUGAGAUUCUCGCAUCUCUACGAACGAGCCUCACGACUACGACAACUACCGUCAUUGGAGGGAAUAUCCCAAAUGCAAAUCCCAUCCCCAACACCCCCAGGCCCAAGGAAUUCCCCUUCGCGCCCCUCAAUGACCUCGUCCACCGCCAUAUCCGGGCCACCCAGUCCGCCCCGCUGGCCGUCUCGGGCAGACACCUGCCGCUCCUCUACGCCCUGGUCGCCACCCUGAUCGCCCCGCCGCACAACAAGGCCGUCUCGGUAGUCGACAUGGACGGCCGCUUCGACGUGACCCGCAUCCCGGAAUGCGCGCCCUUUCCCUUUCCCUUUCCCUCUCCCGCCGCCCCGCUCCCCUCCACCGUCCGCAUCAGGCCAUCCGACCUCGACCACGUCCACGUCAGCCUGCCCGCCCGCGGCGGCCGCUCCCACGUCGCCGACGCCGUCGCGGCCGCGGAGAAGUUCAUGCUGUACGGUCGGCACGGCAGCCGGUCGCGCGAGUGGUGGGGCACGCUGGUCGUCGGCGGCGGGACCGAGCCCGUCGGUGGCGGUGGCGAUGUGGCCGUCACGGCCGGCUGGAGGGGCUGGCUGCGGGUCGACCGGGCGGAGGUUGGUGGGUUCGGCGGCGGCGGCGGCGUCGAGGAGGCGCUGGCUGGGAGGGACGGGCGCGCCGCUGCUGUGGAUGCGGCCGGGUGGGUGGCGGGCUCGGUGUGGGGUGGGUUUGCGUUUGGGGGGGAGGCGGAUGGGGAGGUGGUGGUGGACCGCGCGGAGGACCCCAGAGAUACCCGCUGAAGAAGGAACCCCAUGUUCGCCUCCCCUGAAUUUUCCUCGCGAAACUAUGCUAGAGAGUCUUGUCCACUUCGGCGAGGACCGUACACACGGUGUU